CUAAGCGGCGUCGCGAGGAAGGAAGCAUUUGGGUGGUGGUUGAGACAGCAGCAGCGAUGAAAACGCCCACAAGCUGCAAGAAUCACUGAAGAGAGUUAAAGUUUGGCGACAGCAGAGACUCUGAAGAUGUUGGGAUCAACCGGCUCAGAAAACACACACAUGAUGCAUGGGGAGUGGUUGGUGUAAAUAGAACACCGGAGUGAAGCAGGGCAGGAGUGUGUCUGUGGUCCAGAUGAAGUGCUUGCUGAUCGCCAGUGAGAGCGCAGAGGUCCUCUUCCACUGGACUGACCCAGACUUUCAGCAGAGUAUCCAGGAGCAGUAUGGGGCUUCUCAAGAAGAGGGCCAGGGGCUUCCAGCCUUCGAGGACAGCAUCAGCACCCUGUUUGCCCCCAUCAUUAUCUCUUGCAGCACCAUGGUGUACAGGCUGGGUGACAGCUACACCUCCUUCACCACAGAGAACAACCAUAUCUAUGUUCUACACCAGUUCGAUGAGUGUCUCUACAUCGCUGUGAAUGGAGAUGGUGAGGAGGAAGAGGAUGACCUGAGGAGGAAGAUCUAUGUGAUGAAGAAGAUGAUUGAGGUCCUGUUUGGCAUGGUCACCCUCAGCAGUGCCCUCCUCAGAAAAGAGCUGCGACCUCAGGACACAGAGCAAAGAGCGAGGCUGUGGAAGCAUCUGCAGAGCCUGCUGGAGACCUACAGCCACCUCCGAGAGAACGACCAGAGCUUCUUAGUGGAGGCAGUGGAGAGGCUGAUCCACCCCACACUGUGUGAGCAGUGCAUCGAGUUCCUGGAGCGCCAUUUAGUUCAGCAGCUCAACAGCAGCGUAGAGAGAGCAGGAGAGGAGGUGCUGCAUGCCUUCAUCCUGGUUCACACCAAACUGCUAGCCUUCUACUCCAGCCGCAAUGCGAGCACACUCGCCACCUCAGACCUCCUGGCCCUCAUCAUCAUGGCACAGAACAUGUAUCCUAGCAACGUAGACCUGGACGACCCAGGUCCUCAGGAUGUUGAGAAUACAUCCGGUUCUGGUCCUGAAAGUUUUUAUACCCCGGAGCCCUCCCCUACAGACAGAGAAUCAAGCAGUUCAGACAAGGCGGUGAGAGGAAGUACUCCUGUAUUUGAGUUUUUGGACCCCGACAUCCAGAUGGCAGAGGACAGCUUGCAGACUCUGGAAGUUCCUCCACCUGACCCUUCAACCCCUCGCAGGGUCUUUUUAGAGGUCUCGCUCAAAGAGGGGCUGUAUCCCAUGAUGCCUCACUCCAUGUACUGUCUGCCACUGUGGCCUGGCAUGACACUAGUGCUGCUAACUAAGAUUCCCACCAGUGCAGUGGCCAUGUCAGUGUAUAGGUUUUUGGAGGCCUUUGCCAAGCUGGAGAAACGUUUAUGUGAAGGCCAAGAAGGUUCUGCUGCUAUUAGAGGCCAGCCAACUAUACAUGACGUUCGCAGCAAAUUGGAUAAGUUCAUUAAAGCCCUGGGGCCUAGUGAGAUACAGUCUGCACAGCUACAAAAUGUCUGGACAGAAUUCAAGAGCCGAGCCUUCGCCAGAGGGGGACCUGGGUUCAGCAAAGAGCUCAUCCCAUGGUGUAAGAAUUUGAAGACCCAGCUGUGUGGAAUAUACCGACAGUGUUUUCUUAUUGACUGUGGACCAGCCGACAUUCCUCGACAUCUCUCCCCCGGUCUGCAGGAACGAGCCCAGACCAUGGUGCAAGAGAAACUGAUGGACUGGAAGGACUUCCUGUUGGUGAAAAGCAAGAGGAAUAAUACCAUGGUGUCAUACCUGGAGGAUUUCCCGGGCCUCAUCCAUUUUAUCUGCGUGGACCGAUCCACCGGCCAAAUGAUUGCGCCGUCGCUCAACAUCACAGAACGCACCACGUCUGAGCUGGGGAAAGGACCAGUGGCUCAUUUCAUCAAAAGCAAGGUGUGGAGCCUGGUCAGCACAACACGGCGCUAUCUCCAGAAAGGUUACUCCACUGUCACAUUGCGCGAUGGAGACUUCUACUUCUGCUAUUUCCUCUGGUUUGAAAAUGAAACGGGCUAUAAGUUAGAGGCAGGGGACAUACCCAUCCUACCUGAUGACUCUGCCCCCAUUGGGAUGCUUGCAUGGGACUACUACAGCAGGAAGCUGCUGCGGUACUACAGUAAGAACCACCAGGGUGAGGUAGUGAAGUGCUACGAGCUGCUGACUGUUCACCUGGGGGUCAUCCCCACCGAGACCAUCCUCCAGCACUGCAGGCAGCUGGCAAGCAAACUGUGGGAGCCUUCACGCAAUCCUCUGCUGUAGAUGCACCCACACACUUGAACUGAGUCACAGUCGCCAACAUACACGUACAUUUGUUGUAUUGCCAAGAACCGGCGGGGCGGGGGGGGCAAAACAGCAUUUUCUUGCUUUCUAUGGAUAUAUAUCUUGUCCAAUGCCUGUGUUUCAUGCUCCCAUAAUGUUAAGUGUGUAUAAGAAUAUGAAUACUAAAUUGACCUUAAGUUAUUUAUUAGAAGCACUUAGCUUUUAUUGACACUCACUCCUAAAUUUUUGCAGAUUGUAAUUUAUAUUUUUGAAUACUCAUUUAUGAACGGUUUCCUAUUUAUUAGUAAGAAUAUAUAUAUGGUUAUAUGGUAUGUUUUUUCCUUUUAGAAAUUUGCUGUUGAUCGAUUUUUAUAAACACAUACUGUUUUGCUAUUACUGAUAUAGAUUUUUUUUUUAGAAGCAAUAAAUAUCAGAAGUCUUCA